AUGGACGAUCCAACAAGCACGACAACAAGCGCACAACAUGACCCUCACCAGCACCAUCAUGCACACAUUGGUCACCACACGGGCAAGAGGCUGAAACACUUUCUGAGACCAGAUGGAAGAAAGGUGCACAUUGCGAGUUCCCCCGAUGAAGCAAAUCACAUGAGGAGGAAGCUGAGCAAUGCGAGCGAGAAAGAAGACUUCGACCUAUUCAUCCAUGGAUCUCCCGAACAUAUCGAAGCACUCCGCCACACCCACGCCCACCACACAGCACACCACCGCCAACUGCACCUGGACCACGGCGACCUAGCUCAAGAAUUCGAGCGCGUAAUCCGCGACCUCGACACCCUCUCCACCGAACUCCACAUGCUAACCUCGCACGCCGUGCAACUCGACGCCAACUUCUCCAAAUACGGUUACUCAGCCCAUCUUCGCACCAAAGACGGCCCAUCAACGGACUCCCUCGCCGACUCCUCCUUCGACAAAGAAACAUGGCACUCUGAUCGUCAACACGGUACAGCAAUUCACUUCUACCAAAAGCCCAUCGUACGACAAUACUUCCAUAAGGGCCUGCUGUGGCGCGCAAAAGAAGCACAGGAGGUAGCUAGCUACGAACUCUUCAUCGACCUCUUCUACGUGGGCAUUAUUGCCAUAACAGGCGAUUCUGCAGCUGAACAUCCCACGGCGCAGUCCUUGCUUCGUUUCGCAAUUACCUUCAUCAUGGGCUGGAAGUUCUGGACGGAUAUCGGGGUGCUGGUGUCGUGGUUCGAUAGCGACGACGUGAUCAGGCGGGUAUCUGUGCUCUUUCUGCUAACGUGUUUGCUGGGUUUUACGACGAACAUGGUUGAGGCGUGGGAGAGGACGUACGCACCACUUGUGGGAUUCUAUCUCGCGGCGAGACUGUUUGUGACGAGUUGCUGGAUUUGGUACGCAUGGCGUAUUCCCAUGGUGAGGGGAAGUAUGUUGGGGAAUGCGUUACUCUCUUUGAUCCCGGCGGCGCUUUGGAUGGCGAGCGUGAGUGUGGAGGAACCGAAGCGACAGGGAUUUAUUUGGGUGGCUAUUCUGUUUGAUCUCUUUGGUCAGUUUGCCAUGGUGUUGCUUCAGCGACCGGGGUCGCCCAUCGCGCCGUUCGUACCUGAGUCUUGGAAGAGGAGUCUGGAGUUCUAUCCCGCGACAAAUAUUGAGCAUCGGAUUGAGCGGACGAAUGCGUUUGUCACGCUGGUGUUCGGGUCUUGCGUGUUGGGCUUGCUGUACCAGAGUAGUGUGGCGAUGGGGAUCAAUGCGUUCUUUGGAAAGGCGGUAUUGGGCCUGGUGCAGACGUUCGUGUUGAACUGGGUGUACUUUGAGAUUGACUCAUUCAAUCUGCAUACGCAUGCUAUCCGCCGACAUGUGUUUUCCGCUUUGACAUGGUUCUCCGCCCACCUCCCCUUCAUCAUGUCCUUCGUCCUAUCCGCAUCAGCCCUCGGGGUCUUGGUCCGCGCCCACGACACUGCCUCCGCACCCCUAGAAUCCCUAUCAGAAACCUUCAUUCCCCGUUCCGAAGAGCACAUCUCCGAAGGCCUAGUCUGGUUCUACUGCGGCGGUCUAGGCAUCUCACUCCUCUGCCUCACUGUCAUAUCAGCAACACACGUCCACCGCACGAUUCCCAACCAGCGCCUCCGCAAGCCCGUGCGUCUCCUCUUCCGCGCUGCUGUUUCUGUCAUCAUAUUCACACUACCGCUCGCGCACCUCGAUAGCCUGCGGUUGAUAGCAACGACCACGGGAUUAGUCGUGUCUGUGCUGGUGCUUGAAUUGGUUGGCGCGGCGUGCUGGGGCGAGAACUUCUUCUGGGAAAAGGAGUGUAAGAGGGAUCAAGCGACGUAUAGUGCGAGGUGUGCGGUUAAGAGAGAGGAGUUGGAGAAGAGUGUUCGGGAGGGGACGGUUGUGGAUGUGGAGGAGAUUGCGAGGAGAGAGGGUGGGGAGAAGGGCGUUGUUGGUGUGGUUUGA